AUGAGUGACCAGUGGUCACCUGACAGCAAGGAGGUGCCAGUCUUAAAGAUUGGUGAUCAAGAGGCGCAACUGUACCAAGCUGCCUUUGCUACUUUUGGAGGAUCUAUGGGCGUGCGCCCCCUUCGCGAUGAUGAGGAAAGCUGGUAUGAGCAGAUUAGGGGCAAUUUCAUGUACCCGGUUGCUGAUGCAUUUGCCUCGCCGCCUACUGCAACCGCAGGUGUGUUGCGCGACCUGGGGAUUGACCCUGAAGACAAGAAGAAAAAACCUUUGAAUAAGAAGAAGGUAGUCAACUUGAAUCCGGAGGUGACUAGUAAGGGGGCUGGUAGUAGUCGCGCAACCACUGUUGCUGCUGGUAAAGGUACUCUUCGCCUUCGACAGAGUGACUUAAAAGAUUAUGUGAUAAUUAGUGAUUCACUUGAAGGCUUGUCCCGCGCAGCUGAGAAGAAGACUGGAGCAGGUGGUUCGAAAAGCUCCGGUAGCGCGGACUCUCGUAACCCUGAUGCUGGUGCUACUCCUUCCAUUGCCGCGCAUGAAGAAGAGGAGGAAGAAGAGGAUGCUGCUGAACAGUUGAUCAGCAGAAAAAGAGUUAGAAGCGAGACCACAACUGGUGUGGCUUCCGCGUCGAUGGUUGGUGCGAUUCCCUUGGUUGGGAAAACGAGCAACUUGCGUUCUCUCUAUAAAUUCUCUCCUGAGAUCAAGAAGAAGACCCCUGAGAAGGGGGUUACAUUUACCGAGCCAGAGCCGAAGAGGCCAAAGAUUACCAUUAAAUCUUCCCAGACUGUUGGGGUUGAGUCUGCUAAGGACAAAAAUGUUGCUGAGAGGGAUGAGGCGAAGGCUGCUGAGGCGCAGAGAAAAGUUGAGGAGCGUCGGAAGAAAGUUGAGGAAGAGAAGAAGAGAAAAGCUGAGGAAGAUAAGAGGGCUGAAGAGGCGAAGAGGAAGAAAGCCUCUGAUGUGGAGAAGGAGACAAAGCAGAAAAAAGGCUAUGGAAAAGCCUAUCGAUGA